AGCUUUAGAAAAUUUUAAACGAAUUUUUACUAACUUUUAAAUUUCGAUUCCCUUACGGUACUUUCCCGACGUGAAAACAAAAUGGAGGAUUUUUCUUCACAACUCCCCGAAGAUUUGCGCGAAACCUGGAAGCAGUUUACCAGUUUUGACCCUUCACAAUGGACGAAGCCGAACGCCAAGGCUACCAUAGCAGAGUUUAAAGACCACCGUUUGCAACCAACGUUUCCAGCAGAAGGAAUAGAAUACGCUUACGAUAACUGGACGCCAAAUUCUGGUGAUGUCAUUGUAGCCUCUUUCCCGAGAACAGGAACAAACUGGACAACUGAGAUAGUUCGUCAAAUACUUUAUGGAAGGGAUGAAGAAACUUUGAAGAAAUUGGCUUCGGUGCCAGUACCGUUGAUGUUUUACGAAGCAGGGGGACCUUCCAAAUUUAAACUGUUGGAACACCUACCAUUCCCAAGGAGGUUCAUGGCAACCCACCUCCCAUCCACUUUAAUUAAUGUGGAAAACAUAAAAAAAGCAAAUGCAAAGGUAAUAUGUGUGAUUCGAAACCCAAAAGAUCAAGCUGUAUCUUGGUUUCAUUUUGUUUCCAAACUUCCAUACAUGCAACUUGAGCCAGUUAAGGAGAUCAUUGAUUGUGAAUGGCCUAAGUUCCUGGAAAACUACACCAGUGGUAAAAUACCAUUGGGUAUGAGAUCUGGUGAAUGGUAUUUAGAACACUUAAAAGGUUGGUAUGAACAAAAAGAUGACAAGAACGUUAUGUUUGUAUGCUUUGAAGACAUGAAAAAGGACUUGCCAAAGGAAGUUCAACGGCUUGCAACUUAUCUUGGAGUUGAACUUAGUGAAGAAGAAGUGAUGAGUAUUUGUGAGAAAUGUGGUUUCAAAGGAAUGAAGAAAGCUACAGAUGAUGCUGGCAGCAAAAUGGAGAAGAUUAGAAGUGAUUUGGGAGUUUUAAGAAGAGGUGAGGUUGGAGGAUGGAAAGACAUGUUCACUGUCAGUCAAUCAGAAUUCAUUGACGCCCAAGUUGCUGAAAAAUUAGCAGGGACAGAUAUUCAGUUCACUUACACAAUCUAAAUCAUACAAAAAUCGAAUUAUGUUAAUAAAAAAAGUUAAAAUAUGGGUUUAAGCUGUUUUUUAACAAGCUCCAUUUCUAAUUGCAAUCACCCGUUAUGUGAAUUCAACAAUUAUGUUCAAUCUGUUUAGAAAUCAUGUUUUAAUUAUUUUGCAAGUGGUUUAGACUAUGUUGUACCUCAUGCUUUUAUGCUGUGUUGUUAUAAUAGUGGAACAAUUAUGUUACAGUUGAAUAAAUGUAUCUGUUUUUUUUUAAUAUUACACUAGAACUGGUGUGUUAGUAAACAAAACAUUCCGAA